AUGGGUCCAAAGAAGAAGCAAGUAUCCAAUAAACUGGGUACUGCUCCAAAGAACGUGAAAAGUAAAGCUGGUACAGCAAAUUAUACAAAAACACCGAACAAAUCAAGUAUAUCUCCAGCCACUAACAGAAAGAACAAAACAUCUGUAAAUGAUUCAGAAAGUGAUAACGAUAGUGAAUAUUACUCUGGACAUCUGCAAAGUCAGCCUAGUCAAUUGUUGCUUGGGAGGAAAAACCGGUUAAAUGAUCUAUUGACUUCAUCACAAACAUCACACACAAAUAAUGCAACAAAGAACGGGCCUAAAGGUAAGAAAGCAGGAAAUCGGACUAAGAGCAAAUUUGAAGAAGAUGAUGGAUUCAUAUAUAAGAGAGACCAGGAUAAUGAUAAAAAGAGAAGGCCUAAGCCUGCUAAUUCGCUCAUAUCACAAUUAAAGGAAGAAACAAACCAAAUAUCUAACUAUGACAGUUUGAGUCAUUUGGAGUUUGAAGAGCCAUCUAAGAAGAGAUCCAGAAAGGAAACAAAGACGUCGAAGUCAAAUGGAAAUAAAACGAAGGCCAAAGCAAAGCCAAACGGUAUAACUAGAAGACAAACAACAAGACGGAAAUCCAAUUUUCAUGACGAUUCAAGCUUACAGUUGUCAUCACCUAUAAAAUCGCCGAGCUACGAAGACUUUUACAGUGCACGUUCAUCUGACGAAUACGAGGAGCAAGUGUCGCAUCUUAAAAUGAACUUGGAGGAUUCAGAUACUGCUAGAUCAAGAAACCAAAAGGCACCAAACGCUAAAAAUAAAAGAAGAGCUUCAUAUUAUAAUAGGGGAAAGCGAGUGCUGUCGAUAGGUAAUGGAUUCGUUGGAGUUCCUCAUGAAGAUGUACCAACAAGUGAUUACUAUAAGCUAUUGGAUACGUCGUUACCAGAACCCCACAGAAUGAGACAGUUAUUAAUAUGGUCCUUCAAAAAGAAAUUGGAUCAAGAGGAAAAGCUGUCGAAAACUAAGUCGAAAACUGAAACAACUGAAGACCAAACUGUUAUCAAUAUUGCCAAAGUCAUUAAAGAAGAAGUAUUACGAGAUUUAGUAGACGGUCAAAUUUCUAUCAGUUGGUAUAAUCGUGAUGAAAAUGAAGAUGAAACGAAUGAUAACUUGCUAACAAACAAAGAAGUUACCUUGCCCAAUCCCCUUAAUAUUACCAAUGAAGAGAAUAUUGAAAUCUUCACUAAAAAGUUGAAGUCACUAAAACAAGAAAGAUUGCAGUGGGAAUCUUCCUUUAAUAGAUCAACUAGUCAUAUUCCAAAUCUUAAAAUUGAUGCAGACCAAAGUGAGCCUGAUUUACAAGAAUAUUGUCAAACAAGAAAUCAAAUUCAGGAUAACUCGGUUGAUUUCAAUUCGACCGUUCUUAAUAACUCCCUUGUAGACAAAAUAAACAAGAACUACAAUGACAUUAGCGAAAGCGUUCCACAUGAUAUAGAGACAUCCACGGACAAACUAUUCGAUACGUCCUAUCGCUUAUCUCAAGCUAGCGAUUUAAUUGCAAAAUUGCAAAACGAUAAGUUAAACGAUAAGGUUUCGUCACUAGUACAAAACUACAUGACGAAGCACCUCCGUGAGCCACUGUCUCUCCAAACAUCAUCGUGGCCCGUACCAAACAGACAAAUAACUACUAAGGAAUUACUCAGAGGUAUCACAAGGCUUGAUGACCCUGGGGUCAGUCAAAAUGAUUAG